GUGGAUAUAAACGUGGUUAAGCAGCAGCUUACUCUGCAUUUAAAACACUAUGCGGCAGAGAACUGUAGAUGUGAACCAGACGACAGUCUUCGUAGGCACGCAACCAAGGCCGGUGAAUCGCGGCGAUGGUGGAACGCAAAAGAACAAUUCAGGACGGGGUCCCGGACCGGGAGGCGGCAGCGGCGCUGGCGACGCUGCCGCUGCUGUCGAGAUGACGGAGGGUCGUGCAUGGACGCUGCUGGGCGCAGCGCUGCUGAUGCUGACGGUUGGGGCCUUCCUAGUCCGGGGACAUCACUACGGCCAUUUGCACCGGCGAAUAGAGGAGGCCUACUUCGGAUACCUCCAAUCCUGGGAUCGCGACCACCUAGCCGCCUUCUCCGCUAGCUCCUGGGACCUGCUCGUGGAGGGACACCCCGCCCCACUGCCGCUCUCACCCCGCACCUCGCCCUCGAAACGAGUACGCACCAAGCCCUCCUCCCGCGCCUCUUCCUCCUCCUCUUCUUCCCCAACCCAACCCGCCAUCGCACAGUCCCCCCUGCUCGAAUUCCGGCUACAACAAGGGCUGAUCGGGGCGCUGUACCCCGCCGCCCGGAUCCCCCUAGCGGACCAGCACCGAGCGGCGCAUGCUGGGCUGUGGCGACCGGCGGUGACUCCAGAGUUGAGGAUGGGGCGGGCGGUGACGUUGCGGGUGCGGGAUGGGCUGACGGGCGUGGAGAGCCGGCUGGAGCUGGGGCGAGUGGCGUUCACCCGGGAGCGGACGAUACCGGCAGGUGGUGAGGCGCGAUGCAUGUACGACCAGCAAGGCACCUGGCAGGAGGAAGACGCCACGUGCUCCGUACAUGAGUUCCUGUGGGCGCUAUGCGUCAAGGUGGCACGUGAUAAAGCCACGGGGACGUUUUCGCUGGAUACCUCGUUAGGCGGGGGGCCGGGGUGCUCCCCGGAUUGGGGCUGGGAGGCGGGGCAAUGGCGUCGGCUGGAUGAGCGUCGAUACAAAAUCAACGGACGGUUGUACUUGCCGCUGUCUGCACGGAACGCAACCGUUGUGAGCGUUAGGCACGGCAAGGACCCAUCCAUCCUGGAAAAGGAGGCUGUACGGCAGGUCGCACCCAACAUGGAGCACCAGAUCUUGUUCCAUGCUGUGGGCCUGGCGUUGUGCUUCCUAGGUCUUGUUCUGCUGCUGUCGGUAGCGGCGUUCGCAGCGCCCCUGCUGCUGCGGCGAGUGCGGGGUGCUUGGUCGAGGAUAAGGUCGGGCAGGCGACGGCGGCGCGGACUAAGCGGAAGCGACAAGGGCUCUGAUGAUGAUGAGGGGCUAUGAGGCGGCCCGGGUGACGACCAUGCAGAGGUCUCUAUCGCACUGCUGCCUGCCUGCCAGGAGUCGGCGCAUGUGUCGGGAUACCACGUGUUCGCAGCGACAACUGAAGAAUUGCUGAGCAUUUGCGCUGCCUGGAGGAAUAAUUGGGCCUCUGUCAGGAAGCAGUCAGCAAGUUUUUUACAGGGUAGCCAAUUGCUGUUUGUGUCAAGAGGACUGCCUGUACGGCUGCCCUCGCUCAAGCGCCGUACACCCACAAAAUGCUGCGC